GAAACCUUUCAGUGUCUUUCCGAACCUGGUCAGAAUGAGUGCCAGCUGGAUUAUAUUUAUAAUGCUUGGCGCUUCAGUACUAUUCCAUGGCCAGGCUCGCAAAUUACGCAGAUAUCCCCAAGUAGAUCUCUGCACCGUAGGCGUGGUAAUGUUUGCACGUGUGACGUGCGAACCCUUACAACCAAUCUGGGUGAUGCACCACGGCCAAUGCCGCAAGGGUUAUCAUUGCUUUCGCGGAUUAACGUAUAGGGAGUGUAUUAAUCAGUGUUACAACCGGGAUCUCAGCACUAAGAGACCCAAAAAGACAACAACAACAACAACAACGACAACAACAACAACAACGACGACAACGACGACGACGACAAGAAGAUUUAUAAUAACAAGAUCAACAACGGAGAGACCAAGUGGAACGCCUUGGUUUGAAGGAACGACGACACGAAGGAGAACGCGCAGAACCCGAACAACUGCAGCACUCAGAUAAUCGAAAAAAAACUUAAAUAUAUGUAUAUACAUAUAUUCAUAUAUAAUCAUCAAACAUUACUGCACCCAAAUAAAUUUCACGCAUUUGCAUACAGAUUAAUUUGAUUCAAUCGAGCAAUGAGUGAGUAUAUGACAUUUGUAAUAUACCUUGGAUAAGAAAAUAGAAAAGCGUUAUUCCCGUUUCGGUUGUCAGUUGUUAAGUGAAUCCAUCAACGCUAUAAAACAGCUAGUGAUAACAGAAAAAUAAAAACAAAACAAGUUUACAUAUUACAGCUUAUACUAAUAAUUGGCAGAAGAGGAAGAAGAGAGAAGCCAAUUGGUCGUUCAUUUAGCAAUAAUUGAAUUGCAAAUACAAAUUGAUACAAAUUGCUGAGCUACGUACUGUGGUCGUAAUUAAGCUUGAAUGGGGUAUAACAAAAAAGAGAGAGAGAGAGAAAGAGAGAGAGAGAGAGAGAGAGAGGGGACAAAUAGAGAAAGGAGGAAUUUUGUUAGACGAAGAGCAACAGAUCUGAACGAAAAGGAAUGGACAGACGUAUAUAAAGAGGUAUAUAAGGAGAAAGAGAGACAAAGAGAAAG